AUGAGUCUUCGAGAUUUUGCAGAAGCUCAAAAAACUCAUUACACGGUUCGUCCAAAAGUUCAGAAGCGCAACGUGGCUCAAACAUCGAAUUCUUUACCUUUUGUUAAGCUCCUUAAUGGUUUAGAAACUGUUGAUAUGGUACACAAAAGAUGGGAAUUGUAUCAUCAAUUGCAUUCACAGUUCCACUCUCAGGUAGAGGAAAUUGUUCAAGGAAUAGAGAGAGAUUUGCAUAUGGAAAUAUCCAGGAUAAUUUCCAAAGAGCCAUCAAAAAAAACAGCCCGCGCUUUCAAUUGCUUGUUCCUGCUUGGCUCAGAUAGUACCACCAGUAUAGAUUUGCCGAAAGAUGACACCAGUAAUACGAACAUUUUGAUUGACCUUACGCCAAAAGAAUCGCCAAAUGUGCGUAUGAUGCUAAGAAGAUCGAUGUUUCGCAUCUUGACCACAAGUGAAUUUCAGUCCAUGGACUCUUCUUCGAGGACCGAAAAUGAGGUAGAUGAAAAUGCAGAUCAACCUGACUGGGAGGACAAGCCAAGUAUAGAGUCCUUAGGAUUGUCGUAUGAUCUCUCCCUCGUUCAAAAUUUUUACCUUAUAUUUCAAAGACGUCUCAAGCUUGUCUUCAAUUUUAAGGAUGUUGACUCUUUCAACUUUCAAGUGUUGGAUGAUUUUAUUGUAUUACUAAAAUCGGCUUUAAAGUACGAAGGCAUAGAAAUAUGUCUCGUUUUUAACAUCAACACAAAUCUCUCCAACAUCGAAAAGAACUUAAGGCAAUCCACCAUAAGACUACUCAAGAGAAAUUUUAAUAAAAUUGAUCUAUCGCAUAAUAAAGGUUUCAAAUAUGCCAAUCGAGUUUUCAGAAGUUUUUUGAACACCGUUGAGGGGAAGCUGAAUCUUUCUUCGGGAUUCGUUAAAUUCAUCCUAGACCGGAUGGCGAAUAAUGCAACCCACAAUCUGCAACUCUUGACAAAAAUGCUCGACUUUUCACUCAUGUCCUAUUUCUUUCAAAAUCCUUUCUCGGUCUUCAUUGAUCCCACUAAUGUAGUGUACUUCAGUGAAAACUAUUUGGCACCUCUCGUAAAAUGUCCCACGUUCAUGAACUUUAUAGAAGGAAUGGUGAGAGAGCAUGCACCGGCUGAGGAAAUACUGUCCCUGUUAGAUAAUAGGCAUUCUGCAUUAGAAGAAUUUUUCACAGAGUUUUUGGUGAGGGAGAACCCGAUCAAUGGACACCUGCAAACAGUUAUUGAGAUACUUGAAAACCAGGUUGAUGUCCAUAACUAUAACAUUAUAGAUCUCUACUAUCACAUGUUAAAUGGGAAUCUGGGAGAAUUUUUGAGCCGGUGGCCCAAAUGUCAAAAAUUCGAAGGCAUUCUUAAGUUUGAACCCGUUGAUAUCAUUUUUCAAGAGCUUUUCACACUUGAUAAUAGCAAAGACCUUUUCUCACAGUCUCUAUUCCCUUUUUUAAGAACAAAUCUCGAGGACAAUCUAAUAAAUUCUGAGAGGAUUCUACCACAGCCCGACAGUGAUUCUCGACAGAACCACACAUGUGAGCUAGCGCUAGGCAAAUUGAUAGCGCCGCCUAUAUGCCAUUUGUUCAAUUUGUACAGAGAAGCAAGCUCUUUGAUAAAUGUACAUGAUUUCUAUACUGCAUUUCGAGAAUCUUUACCCAAAGAUGAGAUUUUGAAGUGUUUAGUGAAUGCUUCAGAAUUAGGUGAGAUAAAGCUAGAACUGAAGCAAGAGGGUAAGUUUUGCGAGUUUUUGAAGGGCGAAGACUCAGAUCUACUAAUGGAAAAAAUUAGUUUGGUAUGGUUUAUCCAAGCUAUUUCAGAAUUCCAGCACCUGGGAUUUUUGAAAUCCCAUAACAACAAAUCAUAUGAAGUACUGGAAAAAUGCAUCUGGAGAGGUUUAUGA